AAUAAAUACUUGAUGAAAGGCGUGGCUCAAAUACAAUGGCAGUUCGCGUUUUAAGAUUGAGAACAAGACCUGUUUUGUUAAUGUGUAGGGAGGCUAGUAGUACUAGACUACCUGUUCAAGAAGCUCUUACAGAUAAAUUCGGGAGAAGUCACACCUAUCUGAGGAUAUCGUUAACCGAAAGGUGCAACUUGAGAUGUCAGUACUGUAUGCCAGAGGAAGGAGUGGAGUUAAGCCCGUCAUCUGAGCUAUUGACAGCAAGUGAGAUUGUUCGUUUAGCAAGUUUGUUUGUAUCUCAAGGUGUGAAUAAAAUCAGACUGACUGGAGGAGAGCCACUCCUACGUACUGAUUUGCUAGAUAUCAUAACCCAGCUCUCAGCUAUAUCUGGAUUGAGCACUAUUGGACUUACUACAAAUGGGCUUACUCUUGCUAAGAAGGUUCAUUUAUUAAAGGAAGCAGGUCUCUCUUCUGUCAAUAUUAGUCUUGAUACACUCAUACCACAGAAAUUUGAAUUUAUCAGCCGGAGAAGAGGUCAUGAGCGAGUAUUGAAUGCAAUUGAUAGUGCUAUUGAUAGUGGGAUCAAUCCUGUGAAAGUAAAUUGUGUUGUCAUGCGUGGAGUUAAUGAUGAUGAAUUGAAUGACUUUGUUGCUCUCACAGAAGAAAAGCCAAUAGAUGUUCGGUUCAUAGAGUACAUGCCAUUUGAUGGAAACAAAUGGAAUACAAAACGUUUUUUGCCAUAUCAUGAAAUGCUUUCAUCUCUCCAAAAUUAUUACCCAUCAUUAGCCAGGCAUCAAGACAGUGAAAAUGACACAUCAAAACAUUAUCAAGUGCCUGGCUACAAAGGAAGAGUGGGUUUUAUCACAUCAAUGAGUGAACAUUUUUGUGGAUCAUGUAACAGACUUCGUAUAACGGCAGAUGGAAAUCUUAAGGUGUGUUUAUUUGGAGCUAGUGAAGUAUCGUUAAAAAAUUACAUAAGAUCUGGUGCAUCAGAUGAAGAACUAUUACCAGUGAUAUCUGCUGCUGUUAAGAGGAAGCAUCCUCAUCAUGCAGGCAUGUUGACUCUUAGCAAAAGGAAAAACAGGCCAAUGAUUUUAAUUGGAGGAUAUCAUACAAACGCAGCCAGUUUAGUCGCUAGCAGACUUCAUCUUCAUAAAAUGUAUUCAACUCUUUCACACAUUGGCUCAGAUGGCAACCCAAGGAUGGUGGAUAUCACUGGAAAAAAGCACACAAUGAGGACAGCUACUGCUGAAGGAACUAUUGAUUUGUCGUCUGAAGCAAUGGAAUUAUUUACUAGUCCUAUAGCGAACCCUAAAGGCUCAGUAGCAGCAGUGGCUAGAAUAGCUGCCAUUAUGGGUGUGAAAAAGACUCCAGAAAUAAUCCCAUUAUGCCAUCCAGUGAAUAUUACUAGUGUGGACAUUACUGUAGAUGUAAAAGACUUAGCUGUGAUGAUUAAAGUAUGUGUAAAAAGUGAAGGACCUACUGGUGUAGAGAUGGAAGCAUUGACAGGUGUUUCAUCUGGGCUGCUGGCUAUAUAUGAUAUGACUAAGUCAACUGGGUACAAACAUGUCAUCAGAGAUAUACACCUCAUUACAAAAACUGGAGGCAAAAGUACAUUUAAUAGCCAAUAAUGAAAUUAAAAUUUUUAAAAAUAUUAUUGUAUAAUAAUUAUUGUAUGUUGUUUAAUGCUAUAAAGAUGAUACUCAAUUUUUUGAUCACA